CCGGGAUCUUCGAGGGCAACAAUGAGGAAGCUGAAUCGACGUAACGCUGCACACCAGAAUGGCCGGUUGGCCGUUCAGCACCGCGCUGCUGUUCAGCAUCCUCAUCCUUGUUCGCGGACGAGGAGUGGUGCUGGACAGUCAAGGGCCGGUGCUGGUCUCGGAACCGCGCUCGAGCGUGGAAUUCUCGAACGACACGGGGGCGAUGAUCCACUGUUCGGCCCACGGCAGCCCAUCGCCGAGGAUAGACUGGCUGAUGGGCGACGGCUCGCCGGUACUGCCGAUACCGCACAUCCGUGAGAUGCUGGUGAACGGCUCCAUGUACUUCCUGCCGUUCGGCGCCGAGAGCUACCGGCACGACGUGCACUCGGCCGUCUACCGCUGCCAGGCGUCGAACAGUGUCGGGAAAGUGCUCGGCCGUGAAAUCACGGUGAAGGCCGUGGUGCGCCAGAAGUACGAGGUGCACGUGCGAGAUGCCUACGUCCUGGCGGGCAACACCGGGGUGCUCAGGUGCGAGAUACCGGCCUUCGUCAAGGAGUACGUCGCGGUCACGUCCUGGUUCCAGGACUCGGCCUUUAACAUUUACCCCACCGCGGAGAGUGGCGGGAAGUACCACAUGCUGCCCACCGGAGAGCUGCUCGUCUUCUCGGUGACUUCCGCCGAUGCCCACUCGACCUACCGUUGCCGCACCGUGCACCAUGUCACCGGCGAUACCGUGGAAAGUUCCUCGUACGCCAGGCUCGUGGUUACGGAGCACCGGAAUCCGUCACCGCCGCGAUUCAACGAACGAGUGAACCCGGGGCCGAUUCGCACCGGGGAGACGAUCGUGCUGUCGUGCAUCUCGCAGGGCAUCCCGCCGCCCACGUACCUCUGGUUCCGCGAGUCCGUGUCGGGUACGACGAUGGUCUUCAACUCGGAGAGGAUCCACGCGCGUGCCGGCGUGCUCGUGCUGCAGUCGGCCAGGGUCGAGGACGCCGGCAGAUACGUCUGCCACGCGAACAAUACCGCCGGCUCCGAGCGAGUGGAGCUGGAAGUCACCAUCAUAAGCAGCCUCUCCAUCCAUCUGGCGCCUCAACAGGUGACUGUGGAUCUGGGGAAGGAUGCGGAGUUUCAAUGCUCCGUCACCGGUCAGCCACAUCCGGUGAUCUCAUGGGCGAAGGACGGUCUUCCUGUGAGAGAAGGAUCUUCGGGUAGAAGCAAAAUUACGGGUAACGACGGCUCGACGUUGCGCAUAUCUUCCAUCGUGAGGGACGACAAAGGGAUGUACCAGUGCUUCGCCAAAAACGACUACGAGAUGGUGCAAGCCACGGCCGAAUUACGCUUGGGAGACGCAGCGCCUCAACUGCUGUACAAGUUCAUCGAGCAGACGAUGCAGCCAGGUCCCUCGGUGUCGUUGAAGUGCAUCGCGAUGGGCAACCCUACGCCGCAUUUUUCCUGGACCCUGGAUGGGUUUCCUCUCCCGCAGAACGACAGAUUCAUGAUAGGCCAGUACGUGACGGUGCACGGCGACGUGAUCUCCCACGUGAACAUAAGCGCCGUGCGAGUGGAGGACGGCGGCGAGUACAGGUGUUCGGCGGUGAACCGCGUCGCGAGAGCGCAUCAUGCAGCCCGGCUCAAUAUUUACGGGCUGCCUCAUGUACGCGCGAUGGGCAACUACGCUGCGGUGGCCGGUGAGACGACCGUCAUCAAGUGUCCCGUCGCGGGCUUCCCGAUCGCCAGCAUCACUUGGGAAAAAGAUGGCCAAAUCUUGCCGACCAGCCGGCGUCAGGAAGUGUCUCAGAACGGCACGCUGGUGCUGCAUCGCGUCGACAGCAGCACCGACCGCGGUGCGUACACGUGCACCGCGAAGAACAAGCAAGGUCGCUCCGAUUCGCAGACCAUUCACAUAGAAGUCAAAGUUCCGCCCACGAUAGCUCCCUUUAGCUUUAAGAAGGACCUGUCGGAGGGCCUGCGGGCCCAGGUGACCUGCAUGGUCGAGAAGGGCGAUCCGCCGUUCACGAUCAUCUGGUCGAAGGACGGCGAGCCGAUUUCCGCCCCUGGCACGGCGGCCGCCGCCUUCGGCUCCGCUGCCGCCGCCGCCGCGACCGUUAACGAUCCCCGACACUCGCAGACACCACCUGGGCUGCGCGUAACCAACAUUGACGCCCAUUCCAGCGCCAUAGUUAUCGAGCGCGUCACCGCCGCGCACACCGGCAACUAUACUUGCCUGGCGCGCAAUUCGGUGGCCGAGGUCCUCUGGACGGCCGAGUUGAUCGUUCGUGUGCCGCCACGCUGGGUGGUGGAGCCGCAGGAUGCCCAUGCGUCGGAAGGGAUGCCCAGGUUGAGCCUGCAUUGCCACGCCGAUGGCUUCCCGCCGCCGUUGGUCACGUGGCGACGCGGCAGCGGCAAGAAACCCGGCAAUUAUCACGACAUAGCCAGCCACGAACACAUGCAGGAUCUGAGGAUACACUCCAACGGGUCACUGGUAUUCGGUCGAGUGCAGGAGGACCACGAGGGCUUCUAUCUGUGCGAGGCUGUGAACGGGAUCGGAGCUGGACUCAGCAAAGUCGUAUAUCUCACUGUCAACGUUCCCGCGCAUUUCGUGGAGAAACAUCGCAACCAGACGGCGCGGCUAGGCUCGAAUGCCUCGUUGCGCUGCGAGGCGAAGGGCGAUCAUCCGUUGAAAAUAGUCUGGAAGAAAGCCGGCUCCCAAUUGGAGCCGAAACUUCCCGAUUACCGUUACACUCUGAAAGAGGACAACACCACUGACGGCACCAUAAGCGUCCUCGGCUUCGUCAGCACCAGCCGAGAAGACAGCGGAAGGUAUUUCUGCAUCGCCUCCAAUUCCUACGGCCGCGACGAGAUGACGAUUCAUCUUUAUAUUCAAGAACCCCCAGAUUUCCCACGGAACCUUCACGUGAUCGAGAAGGGCAGUCGUCACAUCAACCUGGGCUGGACGACCAGUCAGGACGGGAAUAGUCCGAUCACCCAGUAUAUAAUCGAGUACAAAACCGAAUCAGAGGUGUGGCACGAUCACACGUUUCACACGACGGUGCCGGGUACACGUGCUCAUGGCCACGUGAGCGGCUUGCGUCCUGCGGUCACUUACCAGUUCCGGAUAUACGCGGACAACGAACUAGGUCGGAGUCAAGCGAGCGACAUUUUAGAGGCAACGACGGAAGGGGAGAAGCCGGGCGGGCCGCCGCGAAAUCUCAAGGUUGAUCCCAUCAGUUCGACCGAGUUCAACGUCACCUGGGACCCACCCGAUCAUGAUUUAUGGAACGGAGAGAUACUUGGUUAUCAUGUCGGCUACAAGGAACAGAGGUUCGGCGCGGAGCAAUACACGUACAAAACUGUGGAAAGACGGAUCUCGACGGCGAGUGUCGCAUUGGGUUUGGCGAGGACGUCCAUGCCCGGGCGGCAGCAUCACUUGGCGAACUUGAAGAAGUACACGCGUUACAGCGUGGUCGUUCAAGCGUUCAACGCCCUCGGCCCCGGUCCCGUGACGCAGGAAGUUCAAGCGACGACGCUCGAGGAUGUCCCGAGCAGUCCUCCGCUGGACGUGCGCUGCACUGCGCUCUCCUCGCAAUCUUUGCAAGUCUCCUGGGACUCCCCGCCCGACUCCAGCCUGAACGGGAACCUGAAGGGCUACAAAGUCAUGUGGGAGAACACGGACGCGUCGGCGGAGUCCGCCAAGCCGGAGAUGAAGAUCACCACUGCCCUGACCGUGGUGAUCCACGGCCUGGAGAAGUACACGAAUUACUCGGUCCAAGUUCUGGCGUCCACCAAGGCCGGUGACGGCGUCGCCUCGUCGCCCCUCUUUUGCGUUACCGAGGAGGACCUGCCGGAAGUGCCGGCCGGCGUCAAGGCCGUCGCCAGCUCGGCCACGUCCAUCAUCGUCUCCUGGCAACCACCGUUCAAGAGUAACGGCAAUAUCACGGCCUACAACGUGCACAUUCGGGCGCUGGGACCGGAGGGCAAGUGGCACAGGAGGGCUUUACCGCCUCAUCAGACCAGCUAUCAGGCCGAGGACCUGCACAAAAGGAGCCAGUACGAAUUCAGCAUCGCAGCUGUCACCUCGGUCGGCGAGGGACCGCAGACCCCGUCAAUCACGGUCUCACCUUCCAGCGAAGUUCGCGCGGCCAUAUACUCGUUCGACACCACGCUCGUUGUGCCGUGGAAGCAAAAUGUGACGCUGCCUUGCCAGAGUGUAGGCAAGCCUGAACCUUCGGUUAUCUGGAAACGUUGGGGUCAGAUCGUCAACCCGUCCCGAAGGGUGUCCCUCCGUCCCGACGGGUCCUUGCACAUCGUCGAUCUUAACAGGGACGAUAGCGGAAAUUACACUUGCUUCGUGGAGAAUCGCCAUGGCUCCGACAAAAUAAGCCACCGCUUAACCGUGCAAAUACCACCUGCGGCACCGAUAUUGCACGCGAUCGGCACCAGCAGCAAUUCGAUCAACGUGCAGUGGAAGAUGAUCGACGACGGCGACUCGCCGAUCAAGGGCUAUAUCCUGCACUACAAACGCGAAUCCGGCGAGUGGGAGGAGUUCAAGGUGUCGCACAAAGUGAACACCUUCGUGCUGUCGCGGCUCUGGUGCGGCAAUGACUACCAGGUGUACAUGACGGCGUACAAUCGCAUCGGCAUGGGUAAACCGAGCAAGAUCUUCAAGGCGACCACGAAAGGCUCGAAGCCGGACGACUCGCCCGGCAACGGUGAUAAGUUCGUCACGGUUAAUGUGUCUUGGAUCACGCUGCAUCUCAGUAUGUGGAACGACGGGGGAUGUCCUAUAACGUACUUCGAGCUGGAGUACAAGAAAAGUGGCGAGGGCAUUUGGACGCUGGUCUCGAAUAACAUAGAGGUGCAAAAGACGUAUACUCUGAGCGAGCUGCAGCCGGGCACAACUUACAAUAUCCGCAUAAGAGCGCACAACAACGCGGGUUCGUCGGUGGCCGAGUACAAGAUAACGACGUUGCAGCUGCACAUUAGCACGACCGUGUCCGCCAUCGAGAUCGAUCACUAUAUACCGCAGCACACCUCCGUGUACUCGGAUCUGAAGCUCAUCGUGCCUCUGGUGCUGAGCUCGCUCGCGGUCAUCGCCGCGGCCGGCGCUGUCUUCUACUGCUUCCGUAAACGUCCGUUCAUGGGCGACAUCGGGAGCCUGCACGACGCGCAGACCGCGGCUGCCUUAGACAAUAAGCAGAACAUGGAGCAACGCGAGCAGUAUUACGCCACCGUACGUAAGCCGCUACGUUCGCCGAUACACGAGAUGACCUUAGAAAAGAUACCAGAAUAUUCGGAAGAUAUCUACCCGUACGCCACGUUCCAGCUGGAGGAAAGCGUUCCUGCAGGAGGCGACAGCCGCUGCAAUUCUGCCGCGCCUCUUCAGACCUUUGUCUAUCACGACCCUCGUCUGUCCACUGCCGAUACCCUUCAGUUACGAGAGUCGGAUUGCAACCGGUACACUAAGGUGCGCGGAGGCCGUUCGUCCUCUGCGCCGUUGCACAAAGCGCACAAGGUCAGUCAGGGCAAGUCCGAGUCGGAGGAGUACGACACCCUGGGCUCGGACAGCGACACGGAAGUCGGGACCAGCAGCCGAACCGAGUCUUCCAAUCACCUCGUCGAUUCGCACCACUCGGCAUCUGCGGCCGACUCGCGCGUCCACAACUUCCUGUACCAUGGACCAGAAUCUAGCACGUCUACAGAACCCUCACCGAUUUUUGAGAGAAAAUCGUUUCCUGGAAGGGGAAGACCCAAGAUGUUACAGCUGGCGCGUCAUACCAGCGAGGAGGCCCGUGCCAACUUCGGGCCAAUCGCCGGGCCUGGCCAUCCCAAGCACCAGUCGGGCAAUUCCUGUGCCAAUCGGGACCAGGAGCGUGACGGAUCAGGAAACCUGUUCGUCCCCAAGCUGGACCCACCCUCGGGCUUCUCCGACGCGUUUGAGUUAAGCGAGGCCGAGUGCGACCUCGAUCGCGGUCACAGCAGCCAACGAAACGUCCGUGACUUCGUAAUCGCGGUGUAAAUAAAUGUAAAAGCUUCCGAUGCGCACGCGAGAACCCCGUCGUAAAGUAUAGAAAAAUAAAAGAAAGAAAAAAACAAAGAAAAAAAAGGAGAAGAGAGAGAAAGAGAGAGAGAGAGAGAGA